AUGCUCGUACCUAACCCGACGCUCGUACGCAACCUGACGCUCGUACGCAAGCAGACGCUCGUACCUGUCCCGACGCUCGUACCUAAGCCGACGCUCGUACCUGACCCGACACUCGUACCUGACCAGACGCUUUUGCCUGAUCCGACGCUAGUACCUGACCCGACGCUCGCACCUGACCCGACGCUCGUACGUAUCCCAAUGCUCGUGCCUGACCCGACGCUCGUACUUAACCUAACGCUUGUACCUGACUCGACGCUCGUUCCUAUUCCGACGCCCAUACCUGACCCGACGCCCGUACCUAACCCGACGCUCGUACCAAACCCGACGCUCGCACCUGACCCGACACUCGUACAUGACCCGACACUCGUUCUUGACCCGACGCUCGUACCUAACCUGAUGCUCGUACUUGACCCUACGUUUGUACCUGACUCGAGGCUCGUAUCUAACCCGAUGCUUGUACCUGACCCAACAUUUGUACAUGACCCGAUGGUUGUAUCUGACCCGACGGUUUUACAUGACCUGACGCUUGUACCUGUCCUGACGCUCGUACUUGUACCUGACCUGUACCUCACCCGACGCUCGUACCUGAUCCGGAACUUGUACCUGACCUGA